AUGAGUAUGCUCGAGGAUCUUCUGUAUUUUAGUUCUCCGCUAAUAAAUUCACCCCCAAAUGCAAAUGCCCCGCAGGAAGAAGGAAGCUUAUGCGAGGUGGAUGUCAAUGCUGAAAAAGGAUUGAUUAGAGCGACGGAUCAGGAGGAGAUUGAUGAGAUAAUAGAGAAGUUCAGAAGCAAUCUCGCGGCGUCGAUGGACAGUGAACUUCAAAAUUUGAAGAAGCUGCUGCUUAGCAAGAACAGUGGGCCGGAAUGGAGCCAGUCAACAAGUAAAGUAAGUUUCUCGACGUUACUCUCACACCCAUCGUUCUCAAAAGCAUCCACUAGCACACCGCUAUCUCAGAAUGUGAGAUCCUUACUUUACAAGGAAGUGGGGUUACGUCCCAUGGAUCCAGCAUAUUACAUCGCUUCCGAUUGCGGCAGUGAUGACGAACCAACUACUACACAGAACAAUAGCAAUGCCCACCAAAACCCGGGAAAGUCUGGCACAAAGAAGAAGACUGCAAACAGAAAGAAAGCAAAGGGAGAGAACUCUUCUAGACAUGGACAUAGAUAUUAG